ACGCCACCGGUAACGAACGGAAAUUCAUCCCUCCUAACCGUACACCUGUGCUCUUGGAAUAGACGGUCUCAUCAACAGAAAAAAAUCCUCGACUAGGACGGGAGUGGGGUUAUGCUUUGCGCUCAUAUUUAUCCACAUGUUUCCGUCGAGUGACGCUGUUUGAUUGUAGCGAGCUUCAUAUUCUCCUCCGCUGUGCCGUGCCGUUGGGGUGACCACCUACGCUACGCCGUAGCGUCUCCCCUCCUCCGGCGACUGGUGCUCUGAAGCUGCGGAUCUCAAGGUUACUACAGUGCUUUUGAAGGUCUUGAUGGGGGCACUGAUAUUUGCGACGGUUCUCUGGACACUCACUGGAGUGGGAUGCCUGCCGCUGCAGAUCGGGAAGGCAGCGGAGUGUGUGCAGCAGGACUCUGUGGGCAGCAGUGUGGGGGCGCCCCAUCCUCCAUGUGACGAGCAGAUGACAGUGGCGCUGGAGGAGGCUCUGACCGCUGUACAGAGACAUGAAGGUCUGCUGAUGGAACUCCAGGAGCUGGCUGAGGAGGAGCACCAGCGUCAGAGGGACUACGUGCGUGAGCUGGAGGAGAGCAAGAAGAACUCGGCCCGCCGGUACACUGAGCUGGACGACGAUGACCAGGACGACUUCGACGAGGAAGAGGACGACCUCGGCAACGGGCUCUCCAUGGACGAGCCCUUCGAGGAGGAGGAGGAGGAGGAGGAGGAGGAGGAGGAAGAUGACGGCGAGAUGAAGCGCGUCGGGGGGGUGAUGGAGGAGCCGCGUCUGGAGGCGGGCGGGAGCCACGUGGACGCGGCGGACGACGAGGAGAAGGCCCGUCAGCUGGAGGAGCUGCUGGCCGAGGAGAUCCGCAAGAAGGACAAGGCCCAGGACAAGGACCAGGAGCUGGAGGAGCUGCUGAGGGAGCUGAAGAAGAAGAGGUACGAGGCGGCCAGGGAGCGCAAGGAGCGCAAGGAGAACCCCGAGGAGGCGCAAGAGGGGGCCAAGGAGGGCGUGGAGGAGGUGAAAGGCAAGGGGAAGGUGUCAGAGGAGGAGGAGGAGGAGGAGAAGGCGAGGAAGGUGCGGAAGGGCCAUCAGGCGGAGAAGCUGGAGGACGUGGAGCGGAAGAGGAGCGAGGAGAGGAGGAAGAACGAGGUGGAGCUGAUGGUGGAGAAGGAGAAGGUGGAGAAGGAGCUCAAGCAGCUCCUGGAGGAGCAGAGGGACUCCACCAAGGCCUGGGACAAGGACAAGGAGAAGGAGGAGAAGGAGGAGGAGCUGCAGGAGCUGCUCAGGAAGAUGAAGCGCAUGCAGGACGAGGAGGAGGUGCAGGGGAAGGGGAAGGAGGAGAUCGUGAGCGCAGGAAAGAAAGAGGUGGAGGAGGAGGAGGUGGUGAAGAAGGAGGCAAAGGAAGGAGUGGAGGAAGUGAAGACAGAGGAGGAGAAGAAGACGGAGGGGAGGUGGGAGGGGAGAUAA